UGGGGACAGAAACAAACUUGCUGAGGUCAGAGACGAGAGACAAAAGAAAAUCCACAUCAUCAGAGGGGGACGGACAGAGGGGAUGGCAGGAGGCAGCAUGAGACUGACAGAGACUGGAGACUGAAGACCAGUUACUAAUAAAAGGUUAUGUUCCUGAAAUCAGCUUUUAAAAGUUGUUAGAGUAAAUUAAACUGUAAUAAUUUAGGUCUUUUAGUUUAGAUUGUUUAUUCUUCUGUCACUGUGUCAAUCUGCUUAUUUCUAAUAUACUAUAAAUCAGUAUUUAGGAUUGACUGCAUUCAGUAACUUGGAUUAUUGGAUGAUGGCUGUGGGAAUGUGUGGCUUUAAACCUGAGGCUGCAGAUAAGGUGGCUAGAGUUUACUGUAAUUUAAUAGAAAUGUUUCCAGAUAAUGUCAAAAUGAAAUGCUUCCUUUAACAUUUCAUCUCUGAGACCAUAUUUUUUGUACUUAAGUAACAUUUUGAAUGCAGGACUUUUAUUUGUAACACAGUGCUUCUACAAUGUGGUAUUGCUACUUUAACUUAAGUAUGGGAUGUGAGUACUUCUUCCACCACUGCACAGAUGUACCUGCACCCUUGUGUGUGCAAGAGAUCCCAUCAUGUGAAAACUGCUACUGCUACUUCACAUUCACCCAGACCCCUCCCCAGUCACUGCUCCACGGUUAAUCCCCACAUUCUCCUCCCCGAUCCCGGCCUUUUGUGUCUGGCAUGGGCUGCACUGCUGACCGGAGCGCUUUUGUUUCAGAGCCCCAGCAGCACUGUAGGAUCUGCUGAGCUGGCAGUUGGAGCAGUACAACAGCAUUCACGCACCACGCAGAGACGCCGGGAGCGCGCCUCGCUGCAGCUGUACCAAAUGGACGGUGUGCAUGGCUCAAGCCAGAAGAGUGGAUGCGCACUAACAUGCGCUUCAGUAUAAAACUGAGGCGCCAGGUUCUCUGAAAGCUCUAUGUGAGGCAGUUGGUAGGCGCGUACCAGUCCCGAGCUCUUCCAAUAAAGUGCCAAUCUAGGUAAGGCUGCAUCUCGACUUACAACUCAGCUCAAGGUCAGGCAGACAGGUGCACUGCAGGUGCUUCAUACAGAAAGUGAAAACCAAAAGCACUUUCUAACACUUUAUGAGACUUUUAAUUCCAUAUUAGACUUCUACUCGAUUUGAUUUUUAUGUUUUACCAGAGGGAAGCGUUGUCCCAUUUAGGUUCAGUUUAAAAGUUUAGUGAAGUUUAGCUGACAAAAUAUUAGAGAUAAAUAAAAACUAAGGAAGUGGCGCUGUGAACACCAUGUGCUUAAAAAUAAUUUGGAAAAUCAUGCCAGACAGGUUAUCAUUUUGUUUAAUGAUUGACUGAUGAAUGAGACCCUGAGGGAAAUCUCCUCCCCUGCCUCCUUCUCUCUCUGUCCUCAUGUGCCACCUCAGGAAUAAAGAUGUACAGAACUACAAGAUCGCCAAUGAUGCAGCCACUGCUCAACUCAGGAAUGGGCAUGGCUCCUUUCUUCAAGGUGACUGUGUUUGAGCAGGAGCAUUUCCAGGGCAAGUGCCUGGAGUUCACCUCUGAGUGCUGCAACAUCCAGGAGUGUGGACUGGACAACAUCCGCUCCAUCAGGGUGGAGAGUGGAGCCUGGGUGGGGUUCGAGCACCAUGACUUCCAGGGCCAGCAGUUCAUCCUGGAGAGAGGAGAGUACCCCCACUGGGACGCCUACAGCGGUUCCCUCUCCUACCACGUGGAGCGCCUCAUGUCUCUGCGCCCCAUCUACUGCGCCUCCCACCAGAGCAGUCGCAUGAUCAUCUUUGAGAAGGAGAACUUCGUGGGCCGCAGCGUGGAGAUCUGUGAUGACUACCCCUCUCUGCAGGCCAUGGGCUGGAUGAUGCCUGAAGUCGGGUCCAUGCAUGUGCAGUGCGGCGCCUUCGUCUGCUACCAGUACCCUGGCUACAGGGGCCAGCAGUACAUAAUGGAGUGUGAGAGACACAGUGGAGACUACCAGCACUGGAGGAACUGGGGCUCCCACUGUCAGACCCCCCAGGUCCAGUCCAUCAGGCGCAUCCAUCACUGAGAGGAAGACAGGCCGAGACUGAGGCCACAGUCCUCGGACAGCAGCACCCC